AUGUCUCUAUCGCUGCUUCUGCGCUACAAGUGGAGGCAGUUCGUGGCUGUUUACACGGAUAACCGCUUUGGCCGCAACGGCAUCACGGCGCUCAUGACUUACCUGCUCGAAAAAAAGGCGUCGUAUGUGCACAUUGCCCAGAGGGUGCCUGUCAAGUCCACGUGGACAGCUGAUGACGUGGCACAAGCCCUGGCUGCCAGCAGGGCAGUGGACUCUUCUGUCUACGUGCUGCACGCGUCCUCCACCAUGUCUGCUCUCAUACUCGAUACAGCGAGCAAGCUGGGCAUGAUAGGGAAGAACUAUGUGUGGAUCGCAUCGGAGGGGGCUGCUCAAGCCAACACUUCCACACUGCAGAGUGCAGAGGUGGAGUCUGAUAAUCACAGCGUCCUAUCACCCGCCAUCGAGGCACCUGGUCUGAUAAUCACAGCCUCCUACUACCACCCGCCAUCCCAACGCUUGUUGGCCUCCAAGCAGCUGAGCGCGCAGCAGCCCCCAGGGGCGGCAGAGGAGGACCCCAAGGCCUACAGCCUUGCAGCCUACACGACUGGGUUCCAGGUCUCCCUCACCCCACAUGGUGACCUGCAAGCCGAUGCCACGGAGGUGCUCAACGUGGUGAAUGCUACAGCCAUGAGGGUUGGCUUCUGGACGCCUGCCUGGCAACUCACGCGCUCUCUAAAGCGGCCAUCCAAGAACCAGCAAGAGGCACUGAACAUAGUGUUUCCGGGUGGGGUGACACAAGUACCCAUAGGCGCAUUUCCCAAGACAAAACUUCGAUUAGCUGUUCCAAAUAAAGUGGUCUACAAGCAGUUUGUCAACAUCUCCAAGGGAGAGGGCAAAGAGCGCUUCUCAGGGUUCUGCAUCGAUGUCUUCCGAGCAGCUGUAGCCAUGCUGCCAUACCCGCUCGACUAUGAGUUUGUGCAGCUAGUGCUGGCUGUAGCAGCAGCUGUGGCCAUGCUGCCAUACCCGCUCGAGUACGAGUUUGUGCAGUACGGCAGGGAUAACGUCUCCCCCAGCUACACCGACAUGGUGCUGGCUGUGGCGGACAAGGUGGAUGCUGGCUGUCUGGGGAUAAUGGGGUACGCAAAGGAGAAUUCAAGUCCCUGGCUGGCGUUCCAGCCGUUCACAGCGAGCAUGUGGGGAGUGACAAUGGCGCUGUGCAUGCUAGCAGGGCUCAUCACCUCGUUCCUGGACGAGCAGUCUAAUGAGGCCUUCCGAGAGAAACUGCAUCAGCGCCUGCAGAACGCCACAUGGUUCGGCCUGCAAACGCUCUACGCCAUCCUGGAGUACCCUGUUCGCACCUCCCUCGCCCGGCUCUUUGUCAUCGUGUUUCUCAUCAUCGGCUACCUUAUAGUCACAAUGUACACGGCGAACCUCACGUCUAUUGUCACAGUCAACCGGCUCAAACCCUCCGCAAUGGACAUUGGUUCCGCCGCCUCGACCUCAUCCCCCAUUGGCUACCAGCUGGGGUCAUUCAUCAAUGCGUACCUGCAGCAGAUGGGCAUCCCCGCGGUAUGCCGUUCAGUGCUAGACUCGGCAGUGCAGCUCUCGAUGCAGAAGUUCCUCGGGCUGUAUAUCAUCUUUGGCACCGUCUCACUUGGCUGCUGCCUGCUCUACGUGCUGCUGCUUAUCCACCGCGGCUACCGAGCCAGCAGAGAGGCUGCUCGCCUACAGGACGCUCAGAACCAAGCUGAGAUCCAACGGCUCAUGUUUGAUUAUCAUCCGGUGCACACAGGAUCUGACGGCCCACAUGGUGCCGAGUCGGGAUUGGCAGCUCCAGCUGCGGGAGUGGCAUUGAGAGGGCAUGAGUGGGAGGGAGUCGCAGGAGCAGCUGCAGCAGUGGAGAAAGUUUUGAGGCGCCUCAAACAAGUCUUCUUCACUGCAAAGGAAGCAGCAGUGGGGGUUUUGAGAUGGGACAGAGUGGAAUUGGUGGGGGUGGUUUUGACAGCAGUGGCAGUAGUUUUGGCGGGGGUGGCAGUAGAAGGGUGGGGGGGCUUCAGAGCAGCAUUGGCGGGUCGAUCGGCAGCAGUGGGUGCAGUGGCGCUCAUGCUGCUGUGGGUGGGUCAAGCUUGA